GAGUCACGUGUCACGAGUCACGAGUCACAAUUAUUAGCAUUGUGUAAUUGUGUUUGUUGCUUGCAAAUUGCAGCACAAGAUAGGAGUUUAAGAUAUUCCCACUUUAGUCACUUACCAAACAGUAAGGUCAUACGCAACGCAAGAGUAAUAAGAAGAAUUCUCGGCGUAGAACAACAUUUUAUUGUGAGGGCACAAAGACAUUACAUUGCGCUCAAUUCUGGAUCUGAAUCUCAACUGAAUUUGAAAAGUGAGGGACGAUGGGGAGUUUGGGAGCGGUUAUGAAACACCCUGACGACCUUUUUCCGCUGGUGAAGCUGAAGAUGGCAAUGAGGCACGCCGAGAAGCAGAUCCCUCCACAGCCUCACUGGUGUUUCUGCUACACUAUGCUCCAGAAGGUUUCUAGAAGCUUCGCCCUCGUCAUUCAGCAGCUCGACACUGACCUCCGUAACGCCGUUUGCAUAUUCUAUUUGGUUCUUCGAGCCCUAGAUACCGUCGAGGAUGAUACAAGCGUAGCUACGGAUGUGAAGGUUCCAAUUCUGAUAGCAUUUCAUCGUCACGUAUAUGAUCGUGAUUGGCACUUUUCAUGUGGCACAAAGGAGUACAAAAUCCUCAUGGACCAGUUUCAUCACGUUUCUACUGCAUUUUUAGAACUUGGAAGGAACUACCAGGAAGCAAUUGAAGAUAUUACCAAAAGAAUGGGUGCAGGAAUGGCCAAAUUUAUUUGCAAGGAGGUAGAAACAAUUGAUGACUAUGAUGAAUAUUGUCAUUAUGUGGCAGGACUUGUUGGGUUAGGUUUAUCUAAGCUUUUCCAUGCCUCUGGUUCAGAAGAUUUGGCUCCAGACCACCUUUCCAAUUCAAUGGGUCUGUUUCUUCAGAAAACAAACAUCAUUAGAGAUUAUCUUGAAGACAUCAACGAGAUCCCGAAGUCACGCAUGUUUUGGCCUCGGCAGAUCUGGAGUAAAUAUGUAGACAAACUUGAGGAUUUGAAGUAUGAGGAGAACUCAGUUAAAGCAGUGCAAUGCUUGAAUGACAUGGUCACUAAUGCUUUGCUGCAUGCUGAAGAUUGCUUAAAAUACAUGUCUGCUUUAAGAGACUUAUCUAUAUUUCGUUUUUGUGCUAUUCCCCAGGUCAUGGCAAUUGGAACACUGGCAUUAUGCUACAACAAUAUUGAAGUCUUCAGAGGAGUAGUUAAAAUGAGGCGUGGUCUAACUGCAAAGGUGAUUGACCGAACAAAGACAAUGGCUGAUGUCUAUGGUUCUUUCUUUGACUUUUCCUGUAUGAUAAAGUCCAAGGUUGACCAAAAUGAUCCCAAUGCGGCAAAAACAUUGAGCAGGCUGGAAGCUAUACAGAAAACUUGCAGGGAAUCUGGUCUCCUUAGUAAAAGGAAAUUAUACGUACUGCCAAAUAAAGCCAGCUACAGCUCGACCAUUAUUCUCAUACUUCUGAUCUUCUUGCCCAUCAUUUUUGCGUAUCUCUCAGCAAACCGCCGGAAUAACGAGCUAUUCUAGUUUUCCUGCCUCUCUAAGCACGUUAGCAAUGCAAAUCGUAGCACUUGGCGUUCAACGGGACAUGGUUUUACUUACAAGCUUGUGAAAUUUGAUACAUGCAAUUUAUUGUAUACUAGUGUAAAACUCGGGCUAUUGCCGGGCCAACUAUCGUUCUAUUAUAAAAAUUUAUUGGUACCUAUGUGUUGAUAAUAAUAAUUAUUAUUUUUAAUUUAAAAAAGUUUUUGUAUAUAAAAAUUUAUUGUAUAAUGUGUAAGAUUGUUUCAUUCUCUAUUUAUAGAAGCCAAAAUAUUUUUUUUCUA